GAUUGAUGGUUCAUUCAUCAUUGUUUAUUCAUUAAUGUUUUGUAUGAAUUGUAUUUGUAUCCAUUGAAUUAUUGUAAAACGUAGUCAAGUGAUUAUAUUCUCUUUGAUUAUUAUUAGUAUUUGUUAUUUAGUGAAGUAGUGCACUUUUAGUAGAAAAUUUUAAUUUCGGUUAAAAUUAUAAUGGAAGAGCAAAAAUUCUCAUAUAAUGCGUUUGAGAAAUUCCUUUCCAAAGAGAGAAGUUCAAAUUUCUCUCCAAAGGAAAUAGAAAGACUCUCAAAUUUAUUGAGUAAGUAUAAGGAAGUUUUGAUGUGCAAAAAAACAGAUGCCAUCAGCUCCAAACAAAAGGAAAAUACAUGGAAGCUAAUAGAAAUGGAAUAUAAUGCUGUGGGAGAUGUUCACCGCACAUUAAAACAGCUGAAAUACAAAUUUGAUAAUUUGAAAAGAUCAGUGAAAAUGGAAGCUAGGAACAAGCGCCAUAAAAUGUUGAAAACUGGGGGUGGACGAUUGACACCUCCCCUAUCACCAUCUCCUGGACAUGAUGUGGCCCCUGACUGGCUGAAAUCUAUGAUGUCUACAUCAGAGGAUGGAAACCAGGCAAUUUCUGAUGAUGAUGUCAAGCCUUGUAUGGAGGACCUGGUUAAGCCCAACAAUGCGCAAGAGGUGGUUGAAAUAAUUUUAGAACCAGAAAUACCUACUCUUGAGAGUUCCACUAUAGAAAAGAUUCCUGAUAUGGAAGACUCAUUAGAUUCCAGCACACCACAUUCAUCAUUAAAGAGACCCAUAUCAAUGCCACUCAAAAGACUGGCCAAAAAACAAAAAAAUGAAUCUUUAAAACCAGAAUUACAUAGGAAAAGAAUGUCAGUCAUAAAUGAUCUCCAUAAUUUAGAAAUAGAAAGAAUCCAGAAAACAAUGGCCAGAGAUCAGGAGCUUCAUGAGCAAAGGUUGCGUCAUAAUGAAGAGAAACAUCAAUUAGAAUUGACAAAAUUACAGUUGGAAAUAGAUAAAUUAAGAAAAAAUUAUUAAUGCUUUAAAUAUUUUUAGGCAUUUUAUUUAUACACACUAAAUUUAAAGAUUUUAAAAUUAUGAUUAUAACUGA